UUCUGUUUGUUCAUCAGUUUCUUUUCUGUUCUGCAACCAUUAUCAGAAGAAGGAAGAGAGGGUUCUCAGAAAGUUGAGAAGAUCGAGUUGUGUUUUGUUGGGUGGAGAGAUGGGGAGGGGAAAGAUUGAGAUCAAGAGGAUUGAGAACUCAACAAACAGGCAAGUGACAUAUUCAAAGAGGAAGAAUGGGAUCUUGAAGAAGGCUAAGGAGCUCACUGUGCUUUGUGAUGCAAAGGUUUCGCUUAUCAUAUUCUCUAGUUCAGGGAAGAUGUCUGAGUACCGUAGCCCUUCUGCCACAAGAAUGUCGGAGCUCUUGGACAAAUACCAUAAAUAUUCAGGAAAGAGGUUGUGGGAUGCUAAACAUGAGUUUCUCAGCAACGAAUUGGAUAGGAUAAAAAAAGAAAACGACAACAUGCAGAUUGAGCUAAGGCACCUGAAAGGUGAAGAUGUCAACUCACUACAUCACAAGGAUCUCGCAACCAUAGAGGAAGCCCUAGAAAACGGUCUCACCAAAGUUCGUGCCAAAGAGAUGGAGUUCUUCAAAAUGCUCAAAAAAAAUGAAAGAAUUCUUGAGGAGGAGAAUAAGCGUCUUAAUUACAUCUUGCAUCACCAACAAAUGGAAAUGGAAGGUUGUGUGAGGGAGAUGCAGAAUGAUUAUCAUCACAGAGGAAGAGACUACCAUCAUUCACAGAUGCCUUUCGCCUUUCGUGCUCAACCAAUCCAGCCCAAUUUACAGGAGGCCAAAUAGAAUAGCUGGCCAUGGUAUGGAACCAUCUCUAGCUUACACUAGACUAAGUUUCUAGGGCUUCAAUAAUAUAAUUAUCUUUGUUAAAACAACAAGUAAAGCUUUGUAACAAUAUUAGUAGAGUAAUAAUCUUCCACUACAACUGGUGAAUGCUCUUGAUUAUGUUCUGAUGAAUAUUGUAUGGUGUAAAAGCUGCUAUAGGGUUGUGAGAUUUCUGUUGCUCUAAGGGUGGAGAAAAUUUUCAAUAAAUGUAAGUAUGGUUCCAAGUUACUUUCCUUGGCAGCUAAUUCAAAAAUGACCUUUGUAUAACA